AUGAAAAGUCAACUUCGCUGGUCCAAAAAUGAGCUUGAUCCCAAAGAUUUAGAAGCGAUGGCUCCUGAUGCCUCUUCUAAUCUUUCCAGCAACCUCCUUCUCCUCUUUGAAGUAGCUGUUUAUCGACCUGAUGCCUCUGGUGCUUGGAUUAUUGCGAUGAUCGUUUUCGCUCUACAUGCCUUUCUUGGUGCCGCCAGUGACCAUUUAGAGGGAUUAGACUCUGAUAGCCGACUCGGUCGAAGAGAGGAGGAUCAGAAAUCGCGAUCAUGGUUGGAGAAUUGCAAACAGGCCUCAAUAACUCUUGCAGAUACCAGUUUACUCGCAGCCCCUCUUCCCUCACCGUCUUCGUCCCCCCUAUCAUUCGCGUCGCAUGCUCGCUCUUCUACAGACGCCGCCUUUGGACUCGCCUGGUCUCGAGUUUGGCUUUUUGGGCUUUCUCUGCUCCUAUCUGGAGGGCACCUUAUAAUCACCCUCGCCCUGGGUCUCCUAGAAACGGACUUUUUCUCAGCUGGCCUGCGACCUUCCGACUACAAUGAUCCAAGAUCUGAAUCUGGGAUCAUGGCCUUAGCUGCUCAGGCGGCUUGGUGGUUAGGCUUGGGUGAUCGGGGAGGUGUGGCUGCUGUACCUGACAAGGGACUGUUGACUCAACUACAGCAAGACGCCUUGAUGAGGAGCUCGAGUGAUUCGCCAGUUUGGGCCUUCUCAUCUUCCGGAUUAAUUUGGCUUCAGUUAGGAUGUAUCGCCGAAGCCGAUUCGAAUAGGGGCUUGAAGCCAAACGAAUCCGCUUCCCUCAACUGGCGAACUGGACCCACUGCCUUGGAAUGGUGGACUGACAUAAAAGGACGUCUUUGGCGUGUGGUAUGUUUAUUUAUUGAUCCAAAUAUAUAUAUAUAUAUAUAA